AUGCCUCUGGAUUCAAGCAAGGAAGUCCUCGUUAAGCCGUCAAACAUUUUUUUUCAUUAUUCAACCGAAGGUAUUUGCAACACAUGCCAAGUAUUGAUUGUUAAUAAAUCAGCAAGAAUACUGCGCUUCAAAGUCUUAUCUACAGCACGUUCCAAGUAUUUGCUAUCAGUAUGCAAGGGCAUUUUGAAGUCUGGUGAAUUCGUUGAAACUGAUAUUUCAGUAUCCAGAGUUUCAAUAACGGAUGAUACAAAGGACUUUUUCAAGAUCCAGUUUUUCGAUUCAUACGAUGGCUCCGCUUUUUGCGAGCAUUAUAUAUGUUCAACAAUUUCGCGUAACCCCUCUCAUAAUGUUGCUAUUCAAGAUUCAGACUCAUGCAGCACUUGGCCCAGUCGUUAUCAUGAUGUUGGUUUGUCUAACUCAAGCUUAAGAACAGCAUCUUUAUCGCGAGCUUUUGGAAACCUGAUUGGGUUAGAAAAGCGCCCUAUUACUACUAAGACAUACUUAUCAUUAGAUCGUACGAAAUGUGUGGGUCUUUCUAACAUGUUCCCUACAGUUAAAGCACAGAAGAAUAGAUCGAAUUCAAGUACGUUAACAGUCUGUCGUGGUACCAGUGAUAGUCAAUCAGAAAACGCUAGAACGAACAUCAUCUUGUUUAAUAAUCUACUCUAUAAUUCUUUGUUUAUUUUAAGUUUGAUUGUUUGUCUAUUUGGAAUUUUACUACCGUUCCUUCCAUAUGAUUGUAAAUUAUGGUUAUUGUCAAAGGUACUUCAUGAGCGAUUGAAGAUUAAUUAUAUUACUGCUACUCCAAGUUCAUUGACUUUUCCAUAUCAUUCACAAAACGUCCAUGACCAUUCUCAAUCUUAUAAGCAAAGUUCUGGAGCCACUUAUUCAUCGACAACUGAAUGUCCUACAGGGGAAAAUCCACCAAAAGAUGAGUUUAAUCGUCACACUCGUCUGGCAUUCUUUGCUUUCAAGAGUGCAUUGCGUAGUAUUUGCAGAGCAAUAAUUGCUUUAGAUCCAUUAGUCGCAGUUGCUAAUAUGUCAUGGUUUUGCUUAGGUUUGUUACUUAUGUAUCAUUGGAUAAAAAGAAGGUAA